AUGGAGGGCCAACUUCAUUGCCUCCUGGCCCAGUUCCACCAAACAGCGGAGAUCUCUUCUGCUGGCAAUGACAAGUCUUUGUUUCACCAUCCAGGUUACUCCUCUAUGCCUCCAACUUGUUUUUUCUUCUGUGGCAACUUCUCUUCAGCCCCAUAUGGAAAAAAUCAGAUCCAGUCAAUGAAAGGUUCUUUGAAAGCCCUUGCAGAUAUGAUAUGUGAAUUUCCCAGUAUCCAUGAGAGCAGUCGAUUUGUGUUCAUUCCUGGCCCUGAAGAUCCUGGCCCAGGCUCCAUCUUGCCAAGGCCUCCACUUUCAGAGAGCAUCACUGAAGAGUUUAGACAGCAGGUGCCAUUUUCAGUUUUCACUACAAAUCCUUGCAGGGUACAGUACUGCACACAGGAAAUAAUAAUCUUCCGAGAAGACUUGGUAAACAAGAUGUGCCGAAACUGUGUCCGGUUUCCUAGCAGCAACUUGGAUAUUCCUAACCAUUUUGUCAAGACUAUUUUAUCACAAGGACAUCUGACUCCCUUGCCUCUUAACGUCAGUCCUGAUUGGGCAUAUGACUACACCUUAAGAACCUAUCCUCUGCCAGAUAUGAUAGUCUUCGCUGACAAAUAUGACCCCUUCACAGUGACGAACACCGACUGCCUUUGA